AUUUGUGAAACCAAAUUAAUUUAUUAGAUGUGUGUGUGAUACCCGCGCCAACGAAGCAACACAAAUUGAGCACAUCGAAUUGAAGUGGUGCGUGAAUGCAUGGAAGACACUGAGCUUGAGAGCGAACCCUUGUCCCGCAUGGAGCCUCCCAAAAUCCAGCGCCUGAGUGACUCCGUAGUCAACAGAAUCGCCGCCGGCGAGGUCAUUCAGCGUCCUGUCUCCGCCGUCAAGGAGCUCCUCGAGAACAGCCUCGACGCGUGCGCCUCCUCCGUCAAUCUCCUCAUCAAGGAUGGCGGCCUUAAACUCAUCCAAGUCUCCGACGACGGCCACGGAAUCCGAUUUGAGGACUUGCCGAUUCUGUGCGAGCGCCACACGACGUCCAAGCUCUCCGCGUUUGAGGACUUGCAGCGCAUCAAGUCGAUGGGAUUCCGCGGCGAGGCUCUCGCUAGCAUGACCUAUGUCGGUCACGUCACCGUCACCACGAUUACCAAAGACCAGUUGCACGGUUACAGGGUGUCCUACAGAGAUGGUGUCAUGGAGCACGAACCCAGGCCAUGUGCUGCUGUUAAAGGAACACAGAUAAUGGUUGAGAAUCUGUUCUAUAACAUGGCUGCAAGGAGGAAGACACUGCAGAAUACUUCUGAUGAUUAUUCAAAGAUUGUAGACUUGGUAAGCCGAUUUGCUAUUCAUCACAUGAAAGUCAGUUUCUCUUGCAGAAAGCAUGGAGCUGUUAGAGCUGAUGUUCACACUGUUGCCACGUCUUCAAGGCUAGAUGCCAUCAAAUCUAUUUAUGGUGUCUCAGUUGUUCGCAACCUGAUUGAAAUUGAAGCUUCAGACGAUGAUCCGUCUUCUUCGGUUUUUGAGAUGCACGGCUACAUGUCCAAUGCGAAUUAUGCUGCAAAGAAAAUCACAAUGGUGCUUUUCAUCAAUGAUAGACUGGUUGAGUGCUCUGCAUUGAAGAGAGCUAUUGAAAUUGUUUAUGCAGCAACGUUACCAAAAGCUUCUAAGCCCUUCAUAUAUAUCUCAAUUGUUUUACCACCAGAAAAUGUUGAUGUCAAUGUACAUCCGACAAAGAGGGAGGUGAGCCUUUUAAAUCAGGAAGUCAUCAUUGAGAAGAUACAGUCGGUGAUUGAAUCAAUAUUGAGGAGUUCCAAUGAGGCAAGGACAUUUCAAGAACAAACUACUGCACAAUCUCCACUACCUCGUAUUAAUAUAAGUAAGGAGGUUGACCUCAGCCCUAUGCCAACAGGUUCAAGACCAUUGAAAGUGCCUGUACAUAAGAUGGUUAGAACAGAUUCAUUAGAUCCUGCUGGAAGAUUACAUGCCUACACACAAAUUACGUCUGAUAGAAAUCUUGAAAUGAGUGCUAGUUUGAAUGCUGUGAGGUCUUCCAUUAGACAAAGAAGGAACCUGAAAGAUUCUCUAGAACUCACAAGUGUUCAAGAACUUCUUGAUGAGAUAAAUAACAAUUGUGACCCUGGCAUGAUGGACAUUGUAAGGCAUUGCACAUAUGUUGGAAUGGCAGAUGAUGUUUUCGCUUUGCUUCAACAUAAUACCUGUCUUUAUCUUGCAAAUGUUGUGAACUUGAGCAAAGAACUCAUGUAUCAGCAAGUUCUCAGCCGUUUUGGCCAUUUUAAUGCCAUUCAACUAAAUGAUCCAGUUCCCUUGAAAGACUUGAUUAUAUUGGCGCUCAAGGAAGAGGACCUCGAUUCGGAUUGUAAUGAUGAUGACACAUUACAAGAGAAGAUUGCAGAAAUGAACACAGAACUGCUGAAACAAAAGGCUGAAAUGCUGGAGGAAUAUUUCGGCAUUCAUAUUGAUGAGCAUGGAAAUGUCUCUAGACUUCCUGUGAUACUUGAUCAAUACACUCCGGACAUGGAUCGGGUCCCGGAGUUUGCUCUUUGUUUGGGCAAUGAUGUUGACUGGGAAGAUGAAAACAGUUGCAUUCAAACAAUUUCAGCUGCUCUGGGAAACUUCUACGCGAUGCAUCCACCGAUGUUACCCAAUCCAUCUGGUGAAGGUUUUCUUUUUUACAAGAAGAGAAAAAUGAUGGAUGACUAUGUUGAAGAGAAUACCCAUGAUAAUAUCGGUGCAGGUUUUUAUGUUUCUGUUGCAGUUAAGGAAAUAUAUUUCAUUUUUAUGGAGUGCUCUGGUUUCACUAGGGGAGGUGAAGAAACUGACUGUGUAAACUGGGUAUUCCAGGAAACCACUCCUUUUGGGGGGAGUGACGUGAUUGACAAUAAAGUUGAACAUGAACUACUUUCUGAAGCUGAGACUGCAUGGGCCCAGCGCGAAUGGUCAAUACAACACGUGCUUUUUCCUUCCAUGAGACUCUUUUUCAAACCACCUGUUUCUAUGGCUACUGAUGGAACCUUUGUACAGGUAACUUCGCUGGAGAAACUGUAUAAGAUUUUUGAAAGAUGUUAGGCCAUCAUAUGGAUUGAGACUACUAGUUGUUAGGUUUGGGCAUUUUGGGUUUGGAUUAAUUGUGUUCCUUUGUAUUCUCUGUAAAUACGUAUCUAGAUUAUUCAGGUAUUAGAGGAAUUCUUGUAGUGAUUCGUCAAGUUGUUCCUUCGAAUGUUUUUUCAAAUGUAUAGGCACUACGUAAAUGAUGAACAUGUAUUUUCCAGAAACUGAUGAAAGUACAUUCUAAUCUUGAGUUUGACAUUUUUUUAAUCUUGUAUCU